AUGUUUCGUCGCUUGGGCAGCUCCGCGCCCCGCGCGCUGGUGCAACCACUGCGCUCAAGCUGCACUGUGCAGUCCCUGACAAAGGCCCAGGCAGCGCUGGCAAGAGGGAAGGCUCCGUCAGUGGAUGCCGCUGCAGAGUACGCCGAGUUCUUUCGCGUCCCCAUUUCGGUGGACGCCGGUGUCGUGCGCAGUACGCAGGAAUACUACACCAACAUCCAGAGGCUGGUAGCCGAGAAUCAAAGCACCGUUGCUCAGCGUAACUCGCCGAAGAACUGCGGGGAAAGCAGCGUGGCGACUUUCCUGGCGGGGUAUCACUUCCAGACAGCCACCUUCCAGAUCUUUUCCAUCUCGGCGGACAACAUUGCGUGUAGCGUGGACACGAGGAUGGAGGCUUCAGAAGUGUGGAGUGUAGCGGAUGAGCUCAUGACCCACAUUAGCGGCGAAUCACCGCAGCUUGCCCUCAUACCCGUUGUAGAGACGGAACAGGAGCGGAAAAGGCUGAAGGAGCCUCUCCAAAAGCUCACGGCCUUGCUGAAGUUCAGUGGGCUGCAAGUAGCCACUCACGUUGACACCCUCGAGCUCAGCUCCGUGCUGUGCCACAGUCCUCCGUCGCCGCGUGAUAUCACACGGGACGCCGUAUCUGGUGUGUCUCCAGCUCCUAUGACACGCACAUGGUUCCAGGCGCAUUGGGCGUUCAUCCGCACUGCAGCGUGCCAGGCGGUGUCGGCAGACCCGUUGCGGACUGUGAGCACGUACGUGCUGCCUCGCUUCUCCGUCUACCUCAUUCAUCUCGUGCGCGCCGGCACUCGUGGGCUUAACGUGUCGCUCUGGGAUCCGGUGAGUCGCCGCCGCUUCUCCGCCAAAGGCAUGCUCUCUGACGUGCUUGCCUGCCUGCUCGAUACGCGUUCCAGGCAGAUGAUCUUGGUACCCACGAACCGCACCGACCGCGCUGCACUCUUCCGCUGCCGCACCGCCGUCGUGAGGGCCGGCCACGAUUGCGUCGUCGUGUACGCGUCAGAGGUGAGCGACCGCCUGCGCGGCUGCUACCACUCUGACCUGAUGCGGUACUGGGGGGCGAUGAAGGAGACUGCAAGCUUCCUGGACGCGGAUCUGCUCUUCGGCAUCUACACAGCAGCCGGCAACACACUCCGCAGUUAUCAGCGCAAGAAGCUCUCCCAGAGCCAGACGUUUGACCACUUAAGUCUGCUGAACAGCUCCUCGGAUGAGGGCAUCGCGACCCCACAGAACGUGCUCGACUGGGCCUGCUACUUUACUCUCCCCAAACGUGUCGCAGCCGAAAAGGCGGAGCUGCGCCAUUACGACAAGUUCAUCACCAUCGCCUACGUUGCCACCGACCACACCGUGCACGCUCAGCCGAUGAACCCGGUAGCGGACAUCAAUUACGUGCUGAGUGCGUGCAUCACCGACCACGCGAAUCGAACAGUGGAGCCGUGGGCCAUCUACAGGGAGCGCGGGCAGUUCUGCUUACCCAGCCUCGAUGGAUACGACGUGCUCGUCACACACGAUGCCAAGUCGCUUGUGCUGCUGUUGUCAGGUGAUGCCGAGCUGCAGAAGUUCAUCAAGCGCGGCGGUCGUGUGUGGUGUGUGACGCUGGCCGAGUAUCUUCUGGAGGCGCAGCGAUGCACCUCUGGCAGCAACAGGCUUCACGAUUUGGCCCUUCGUCACGGUGUGCAGCUGCCGCCAUCGUCGCGCGUGGGUACGCCAAACAACCGUUUCCCGUUUGCCUUUCAGCGGAAGUUUCUCCUCCACGCAGCGCCCGCGGUGGUGAAGGUGUUUGUGGAGCAGUUGAAACGUGCGCUUGAGCAGUGCCAGGUGGUGAGCUUGGCGCACCGCAUGGACUCCCUGCUUGCGAUGGCGAGCAUCGAGAAGGCAGGCAUUCACAUCAAUGCGGAGGAGGCGGCACGGCAGACGGCCUCGCUGAAGAGCGCCGCGUCUGUGCUGGACGCGGCGAUGCAGGCGUACGUGCCGAGCGAGGUACCGGUUGACAUGAGGAAUUACUUUGACUGGGCUUCGUUGCAGCAGCAGCACGCCUACUUCUUUGGUGGCACAAUUUCGCUGGGGCACCAGGCCCACGCCCGCGAUACCCCUCUAUGGACGUCGAACGUGGUCCAUCUCUGCCACCGCUACGGCGCUUUCCUCCACAUGGUUGGGGAGCUACACCUGCAGCGUUACGCGGCCCAAUGCGCGCUGCCCACGUCGGGAGGGCUGCCGAACCGCAUCCAUCAGCACAUCGAGGCUCAGGGAUCGCAGAAACUGAAAACGUACCGCAUCGUCUUCUUUGACAUCGAGACAACGGGGCUCAACCCAAGCACGGACGCCAUUGUGGAGGUGGCGAUGUUCGACCCGAUCGAGAACACCACGUUUCACACGCUCGUGAACCCGCAGCGUUCCAUCACUCCGCGAACCGUGGGCAUUCACCACAUCACAAACGCGAUGGUGCGCGACGCGCCAACCGUGGAUGUGGUCGCGAAGAGCAUUGGCCAGUAUCUGCGCCUCGACAAGGCCUCGUACAACCCGCAUGAGAUUUUGGUGCUGGUGGGCCACAACGUCUUCUCCGUGGACGAGCCGAUGCUGCGCCGCGCGCUCGAGUGUCACGCGCCGGAGUGCCAGCUGGACGGCAUUCUGUUUUGCGACUCACUGGCGCUCCUCAAUGCUCACCGGAGCGAUCUGCGAUGGCGCAUGCGGAUCAGACGCGCGAACCAACCCCUCAUGGAUGCCCUCGCCUCCUCUCUGAGCCUCAGUCGCCUGAUCACAGCGCUCAAUGUGCGGCCGGAAGGCGACCUGCACCGCGCUGACACGGACACAAAGGCACUUUGGUAUGUGCUGGUCAACAUCCUCGGUGUCGCCGACAAAGACGCCGUGGUGCAGCGGGACAAGAUUUUGAUCGAGGCCGCUAACUGCUUCCUGCGCUCUCCGUCGAUCGGGUGCUUUGUACCAGCAGAGCGUCAAAAUCGGCUCGUGAAGGUGCGGCUGCCCGGCGUGGCUGCCGACUACGUCAGCAACGCGAAGCUGAUUGCGAGUCUGCAGAGCAAAGUCUUCUCCGAAGCUGUGCUCGCGUCCUUGCACGCGCACGGCGUGAAGCCGGCCGGCCUGCUCCUGCAGCGGCAGCUGCUCGACCGUCACACCUCCACGUUUCUGCAACCCAGCACAGGCGGGCGGCUGGCCAUUCUGCACCGAGACGGCAGAGUGCACCAGCACAUCGACAUGACCGCCACGACGACGUCGCGCACUGUUAGCGCCUACCCGAGUUGCCAGAACAUUCCAAAGGACGAUAAGUCGUCUGUGCGGCGUCUCUUUGUAUCCCGCUUCGGCUCCAAGGGGCGUUGCGUCGAGGUGGACUACUCGCAGCUGGAGAUCGUGGUGCUGGCGAUUCUGUGCAACGACGCAAACCUCACAAAAGACCUCAAUAGCGGUGUCGACUUCCACGUGAAGCGGGCGGCGUUUUUUAGCGGACUGCCGUACGACGAGAUUUACCAGGGUUAUAAGCGCAAUGUCCCCAAGUACGUCAAGCUGCGCAAAACGGCGAAGCAGUUCUCCUUUCAGCGUCUGUACGGCGCUGGGGUGCCGCUGCUGCACAAGACCACCGGCAUUCCAGUAAAGGACCUGGAGGCGUCGAUUCAGAGAGAGAAUGAGGAGUACCCCGGCAUCGCGCAGUUUCACCGCAUUAUCCGCUCUGUCGCGCUUCGCCCGAACAACCCAGGACUGCCCACCAGCUUCAUUGCCGAGAUGCCGACGGGGCUGCGGAUGAGCCUGCGCACGCGGGAUGUGGUGCUGAACCUGCCUCCCAUCAAGAACUACCCAAUUCAAGGGUACGGCGCGGAGCUGGCGCAGAUGAUGCUCGGCCGACUCUACCGGCACUUUGUGCGGAAAGACUUCUACAAGGACCGCGCGUUUCUCAUCAACUUUGUUCACGACUCGGUGUGGAUGGACUGCCACGUCGAUGUGCUGCGGGAAUGUGUAACGGACACAUGCCGCAUCCUCGGCUCGGUGCACGAGUACGUCCCAAAGGUGUUUCCUGGAGUGAAGAUCAGCGUGCCGCUGCAAGUCUCUGCGUCGUGCGGGGUAGACAUGUGCUCCAUGGAAAGCAUCAAAGACAACGACUACACGUUUGUGUCGAAGCAGCGCAAGACGAGAUCCGCAGAGGUGCAGGACUUUCUGGACCUGACGACGGCCAAAUCGGACUUCUCGGCGGUGAUGGAGGAGAGCGUCGCGUCUGAGGAGGAGGAGAGCGGGGAAACGGCGGCGUCUGAGGUGGAGGCGACCGAGUGA